AUGAUAUUUGGAAAUACUGGCAAUGGCAAAUCAACUUUAGUAAAUUGCCUAACUGGAAAUGAAGAUGCAGCAGUCGGAGAAGAUGCUAGAGGAGUAACAAAGAGCCCUGCCUUUUAUUAAGCUAGAAUUGAUGAAAAGGAUUUUGAAAUUAUUGAUUUACCAGGAUUCGGAGAUAGAGACAUUUCAAUUAAAAAGAGUUUAGAGCUUUGGGACAAAUAUAUAAAGGGGAAAAAGAUUCACGCCUUAAUCUUUACUCAUAAAUCAUCAGAUGAUAGAUUAACAAUAUUCGACUCAGCUUAUGCUGAUAUUGUCAAGCAAUCUUUUGAACCUCAUGAAUACUCAUCUAGGAUUGCUAUGGGUAUCACAUUUUGGAAUCAUUAUGAAAAUGACAGCAAAAGAAAAGACUCUAAAAUUAAUCAUUUUACAACAAAUCUAUUAGAGGAACUGAAUAAAAGUCUUGGCUUCAAUGAAGCAGAAAAUCAAAUAAAGAUGACUUUGUUUUUCACAGAUCGAAAUGAGUAAUGCUAAAGUGAGAUUCAAAAAAUAGCAAGACUUUUUGAUGAGCAACCUCAAGAUGUCAAGCCUGCUUGUAAAGUUGACGAUGUUGCUACUAUUUUGUCUAAACAUCUUGAAUUAGACAAGGUAGUUGUUAAGUAAAUAGUAAAGAGUAAUGGAACUGCUCAGCAUUUACAAUAAGCUGAAAAAAAUGAUUGCUUUCCUCCACAUGCCAAAAUCAGAUUGGAAGAUGGAAGCGAAGUUCAAGUUAAAGACUUGAAGAUAGGAGAUAGAAUUCUUUCAUAUAAUGUCAAUAAGAAAUAAUAGUUUGUUGAUGUAAUAACAAAUUUUCUUCACAAAGAAUUGCAUGAAUCGUGCAAAUAUCUAAGAAUCACGCUUUAAAAUGAUAGGAUACUUGAAAUAUCUUAAAAUCAUAUGGUCUGUGCUGCAACAAAUGAUUUUAUUGGUAAAUCUAAAUACAUUUAAGCCUUAAAAUUGAAAAAAGAAAAGCACAAAAUGAUUAUUAUUGGAGAAAAUGGAGUCUAUCACUUGGCUGAGAUAAAAAAUAUAGAAGAAGUUUCCUAUAGUGGAAAGUAUGCUCCGUUAACAAGGAGUGGAUCAAUCAUAGUUAAUGAUGUUGUCGCAAGUUGCUAUGCUGGAUCAUUUUCAUAAAAGAUUUCUCACAUCGCCAUAUUGCCAAUUCAAAUCUGGUAUAAAAAUUAAGAUUUAAAAGGAAUUCAUCCAUAUGCAAAUGUAUUAAGCAAAAUAUUUAAUAAUUGA